CGCCCUCCCGCGCUCCUCGAUGUCUCCCCGGCGGGGAGGACGCUGCCUGCGACACCCGCCGAGCGGCGCCCCCCGGAGCGCCCCGCUGUCGCCCCGCGGCGACGAUGAGGGCGGAGGGCGCCGACCACUCGAUGAUCAACCUGUCGGUGCAGCAGGUCCUGAGCCUCUGGGCCCAUGGCACGGUGCUGAGGAACCUCACGGAGAUGUGGUACUGGAUCUUCCUCUGGGCUCUCUUCUCCUCUCUGUUUGUCCACGGUGCUGCAGGCGUGCUGAUGUUUGUGAUGCUGCAGAGGCACAGGCAGGGCAGAGUGAUCUCCGUAAUUGCUGUCAGCAUCGGCUUCCUGGCCUCUGUGACUGGAGCUAUGAUUACUAGUGCAGCAGUGGCAGGCAUCUACAGAGUGGCCGGGAAGAACAUGGCUCCCCUGGAAGCCCUGGUGUGGGGUGUGGGGCAGACUGUGCUGACACUGAUCAUCUCCUUUUCAAGGAUCCUCGCGACACUCUGAGGUUCUGACGGAAUGUCUUCUUCACUAAGGAAAUAGAUGUACAGCUUCCCCGGAAAUGGCGUUGUUAACCAGCUGAAAUGAAAUUGUACAAGCAGGGACCGGGCAAGUCCAAACGUGUGGAAAGCCUGCCCUCUGGCGUUCAAGCGAUUGCACUACCGCACUGCACCUUACGUGCCUCCAUCCCAGGCAAGGUGCACAGGACACUAUGUGAAGCUGCAAGAAAAAGCACCUUGUUUAGCUGCCAAUCAGGUUAACAUUGGUGUUGAAAUCAUCGUUCUCAACAGUGUUGUGUUAAGUUACAGGGAGGUUUUGAGAAAUUGAUCUAUGUGCCAAACUUUUCUUUCUGUUAACAUCGAUCAUGUGACAGUUUGCAAGUGUAGAUGUAGGUGAGUGCUGUGAAUAUACUUGACAUGGAUUCAGGUAACAUAGUCAGACUUUGUUUGUCAUGCUAACUCCCAUAUGAAUGCCGAACACCAGGCUUUCAAUACUAAGGAAGGCAUUUGGUUUUUAAAGCUGAGUGUUUCUGGGACUUGGGGCUUUAAUAUGUCUAUGUGUUGUUAUUUAAUUUAUGUGAAAAACAAUAGUCUUCUUAAUGGAAGACUAGCUGAGCUGUUCUAAGGACUCAAAUAGACUUGGAGGGUGCAUACUUUUCAGUAACUUUCACCCUUUUAAUAGUUUCCCUGUACAUCAUAUUCUAUUUAUAUGGAUUCAAACACAUCGUCACUUGUGUGUCAUAAAAUAUCAUUUGAAAUUUUUCUUAUAAAUUUUGUAAGAAGUCUGAAAUGCAUGUUGCAUUCUUCAACCCUUCUAAGAAAGUUCUUGCCUCAUAAGUCACAGAACACGACCUUCUAACUCAUGUUGUGGUAGGAUUGUGUUGUAUGUGUACAUGUCUCGGCAGUCUUUGAUUCCGGAGUACUAACUGCUUAGAGAGUGGCCUAAAUUAGGCUCUGGGAUUUAAAAUGCCUCAUUUAUAGAAGACUAAUAAGUACCUUACAUAGGAAGAACAGUAACUCUCUUGCUCUGUAUGUGCGGUGGGGUUAGGAUUACACUAAAUAAAAACUGGGGGACAUAGUGUAUCACAAGUUGGCAGUUAGUCAGAGUGUAUCAAGACAGCACAGAGCCUUUGUCUGAGGGGUCAUUUCAGGGGUGUCAUUUGAGUUUUUGUUUCUAAGUUAUUACCUGAGUCAAAUAGAGUCUCGGAUCACACUCAUUAAAAUUCUAAAAUACAGAAUUUGUCUGUAAAACCUUUUAGGAGGUUUAGAAAAAUACACAGUUGUUUGUUAUGAAUACAAGAAGUCGGGAAAGUACAGACCCUGGUUGAAGUGAGUAUUGUGGGGAGAUGGUUAACUAGUUGUGAUUACAAAUGUGCUAACUUAAGAGAAUAUCCAUUGUAGAGAUUAUGAAUUUAUAAGUAAGCUAAAAAAGAAUGGAGCCCCUAAGCUCUUUAACUUCAUUUGGUUUUAAGACUUUUAUUAUCCAUACCCCUUUUCUCUAGCAAAAGAAUAUAUUGACAGCUUUUGGAGGGGCUGCUUUUGCCAGUACAUAAAGCAGUUUAUAAUGUGGCUUGGAAAUUCAACAACCUCCCCCCCCCCAAAUCAACCAUCAGUAAGUCUUCACCCUGAGAGGUGUGGGAAAACAAGUCUAGAGAUGGAUUCUGUGUACAAGCCUGCUGUUUCUCCCGUGUGUUCUUUAUAUUCUUCAUGCUUUCUGAAAUGAAACCUAGGCAUCUUUUCCAGAUAGACCUGGUUCUCCUUUCCUGUUGGCUGAUUUCUGCUCUUCCCUCAAGCGGCUUGUCCGGAAUUCAGAGCUUCGUGUACCACCAGGAAAAUUGCUAACACGGACAGUGCUUCUCAUGUACAGAACAAAUAUUUAUUUUAACCUGGUUAUUUUAUGAUCUAAGAAAGUUAUCAUAGGAGGUAAUAUGGAACCCAGUGUUUAUAACCUAAAAUUAACUAGAAAUUAACUUGACGCAUUGAAUAUGUGAAUGAAUGGACCAAAGAGGUUUGAGCUCCUGUUUCUGCUCUAGGAUGAAAGUCUGAGAGGGUUAUCAUUUUAUAGACUGUCCUGAAGUCAUCUCAUUGUCAAGCUGAUUUGCAUUAAGAAUUGUGUUUGUGUGUGUAUGUGUGUGUACUUUUAUUUUGAGGGGCAUUUUUAAUUUCUUCAGUUACUUCCAUUGGGAUUUUGUGUAACUGUCACUCUUGGUAGUUUGAAAUGCAGUUGAAUAGUAUGGAUUUAUGAAACUGUCUAAAUAGCUGUUUAUAUGGUGAAGUUUUCAAGAAGAUAGCCAUUUCUUAUAGAGACAAAUGUUUAAUGAUAUAUAUAUAUAUACACACACACAAGUAUAUCAUUAUAUACAUAUAUAGAUAGCUAUAUAUGAAUAUGGUCCAAUUGGAAAGCUUUGUUUGAUGAACAUUUUCCUAUUGGAGAAGUUGCUAUAUUUGUUCAGUUAAGGGAUCUUUUAGACUGGAGGGUGUUUAGGAUUUUUGCUGGAGACCCUUGUUUGGGACAUGACAAAAGCUUCCACCAACAUAGUCAAGUUUCAUGUUCUGAAAACUCGGCCGUGGUCUAGCAGUAAAUUUCCUUCAUGACAAAGGAAAAGUCUUUAGCACCAGGGCCUCAUGUAAGUUACAAGUGAAGCCUGUUAACUUCUCAAGAAAGAGGUGCAGGUCAUAGGCCCUGGCACAGUUCCAUUGGCUUCUCAGGGGACCUGAUGCCUGCAUUCAUUUCAAUUUAAAGUGUCAUUGUUAAUUUGAAUUCUCAUAUGUAUCAUCCAGUGUUAAAGUCUUAUCCAGGAUACUUUCUUAGUAUUUGCAAUGCAGAAUUCCACUGCUUCUUUUCCAAGCCCUUGGGGGGUUUUAUUUAUGAAAGGAAAGAAGGUUCACUGGAUGAUUUAAGAUUUAAAAAAAAAAAAAUGCUAUAGGAAACAGUGCUUCCAGGACCUUUCAUUUGCAGUGGAAAGUAGGGUGGCCUCUUUAAGGUACCCAGACUGGCACUCACUACCUAGCUCAGUUUGGUGAGUUCCCAUCUCCUAUGUACAAAGAUGGCUGAAAUAGGAUUCCCUCACUCGAGUCCACCAGGAACUGGCUAAACAGUUUCAAGCCCUAAACAGCUUGGGCAGCUAGUACCUUGUUGCUUCCUGAGACUCAUCCUUCACUUCCUCUUGUGACCUAGUUUUUCCUUUCCCAUCUCAUCCUCUGAAUUGGGCAUUACAGUGUCUUAGAUGCUGCUCAGAGCUAGGGGAGAAAGGACUAGAUUCUCAGCCAAUGCUCCAGUCUUGUGUCUAGGCUCUGUCGCCUUGUUCCCUCUGAUCUGAGCAUUGUUUAACCACUCUUAGUUUCAGGUUUCACUCUGGACUUUGAUGAAUUUCUCCUGGGUAAAAGAAUGCAUAUGUGACAUUAAGUGCUCAGAAGACAGUCAAUAGAAUGGACAGGUCAUUUUUGCAAUACCCAUUAGAGACGGCGUUUUGUAAAAUUUACCUUUCUUCAUCCAUUUCGUGUCUCUCUGUAUAUUUUAAGAAAGAAAACAAAUCUUUCCUCUAGCCUUGCUUUUGGCACCUCCUCUUUACUUCUUAAAGUCAGCAGGUAACUCUCCUAAGGGUACUUCGGGGAGUUGGUGGUACAGGGCAGACAGGAGGAGACUCCGGGGUUGUCACCGCUGUUACUACAGGAAGAGUAGAGGUGGCCAGCAUUUCCUCCGCUGCCAUCUCCUACUUCUUUGGAUUAACUUCAGACCUUCAUUGACUCUUGAUGUUAUCCAAAGGAUUGCCCUUGUUGUAGCUCCCCACCUCUCCUAGUCACCUGUCACCUGUCAUCCUGAGCAUCUGGGACUUCUAUAUCCUGUCUCUGUUGGUUUGUUUAUUACCUAUUUCUAUUUAACCUAAAAAAAAAAUACCAUUAUCUUAAACUUAUGACCAUUUUAUAAUGGAGGGAGUGACAAGAUGCUGAGAACACGUUCUGAACUGUUGGCAGACAGUGCUGUUGCCAUUUGAAAACCUUUUUGAAGACUGUCUCAAACAAUAUUUGGAAGCACCCCUUUUGAUUUUGUGUGUAAGACAUGAAGAAUACAGGGAAAUUACUGGGGAAUUUCUCACGGGUUUAGAUUGCAGAGAAGUAUGGUAACACAAGUUGAGUGGAACUGAGUCAAGUGCUGUUUCUUUUUAAAAUCAAGGGUUUGGGUUAUAUUCUCAGUGGUUCAACAUGACAUCAUCUAGUAGUCUCCUGGUUGCCCAGAAUUCUCAUCCUUUUGAAACUGUUCAGAAUAUAAAGGACAUUAUUUGAUUUUAAAAUAUAAUGUUUUUUAAAUGUAUGUGAAUAAUGCCAUUUGUAACAGAGGAAAGUUCAAAGAGGAGGAAUUGUUAAAGAGGUCAGUGCACAAAAGCACGCGUGAUAAAGUUCCCUGCAUUCUACAAGCAUAGUUCCUCCAUCCUGCUAAGAAUUUAAACCCCAGUGAGAUACAAGUUUGCUAAUAUUUCACUCUAAGGAGUGUGGGCUCUACCAAACACAUGCACUUAACAUCAUGGUGCAUUUUGUGUGUGGUAGAUUUGCCCUUCUCCCUUGGAGAUCCUUGUUCCCUCUAGGUAAUCCAGUGUGAUAUCUUGGUUUCUGAAUUUGCCUACGACAGAACAUAGCUAGGAUUUGUUUGGGAGGAAUUAAUGCUUAAUAUAUGAAAUGUUUUCAGUAAACAGGAAGUGCACUGGCUACCUCUUUGUGGUGGUAGGGCAGCAUUCACCUUUCUGAGCAAGCUGAGCUGUGAUCCAGAAUAAUUUCUUAAUUUAGGAGAUUGGCUCUCACAUUCUUUACCUGUGUGUUUAACUUAUCUAGUAGUUUUCUUGGUUUUUUGAACUGAUUUAUCUAGCAGUUUCUGUAACAAUCUCUCGCCUUGCUGAAGCAGAUGUCAGAUAUUAUUUCUUCAGUGUCACAGUUCCUUGACAGAAGCUGGAGUGCUGGUCUAGAGUGAGCGUUCUGUGCCUGUAGUUAUGCCGUGGUGCCCAUGGAAAAGGAAGUAGCUGACGGCAUCAGGUGGGGUGGGGUGGGGGUGAGGUGACGGAGGGAAGGACGAUGUGAUGCUCCUGUUUUCCUUUAGAUGCUAUCCUGUACCCACAGCUAGUGUAUGUAAUCUCACUCUCCCCUUUUGGGGAGUUCCCAGGUCUCUGAUGUCAAAUGGGAAACAGUAUGGCCUAAAUACCUAGAAAGAGGAGUUCUGAUGCAUGGUCAUCUAAGACCCAGGACCAGAGUACUUUCCCUCCCGGAUGUGUAUUGGUAAUUACUUUUUAAAUAUUAACUUUUUUAGAGCCCUGUCUAAAUGAAUGGUAGCUUGGGACUACUAAUGAUAUUACAACAUUUUGUUUGCUUUUAUUUUAAGUUUUAUGUAUUUGAGAUAGGGGCUCACUUGCUGUAUAGCCCAGGCUAGUUUUGAACUUGUGAUCCUCCUGUCUCAACCUCUCAGGUACUGGGAUUAGGGGUGUGUGCCACUGCUUGGCUCCUUCAUUUUAAAUCAAAAUGUUUACAUUCCAUCACUGAAUGUGGUUGGGAUGGAACAGUUUUAAAGCUUUCUUCCUGGAAAGACAACUGGAGGCUUUUGUUUGCAUAGAUUUUUUUCAGUGUUUAUGAUAGUGGAUGCGAUUUCAGGGAGAAAUCGAGAAACAGUCUGACUCUCUCCCCAGUACGCACCUUUAGUCAUGAGGUCCACCUGUUUAGAUGGAUAAAUAAGAAGUUCCCCUGUUGCUCAUUUUAGCCAUAUAAUCUGGCAGAGCAUUCACCUGUGCUUCUACCCUCAUGUUAGCCUCAGCCUUCAGAUGUCCCAGGAUGAGGGAGCAGCUUUGAAGUUAGAUGCUAAUGUGGCUUUGUUUAAGUAGCAAGUAUAAUUGAUCCGUCAGAAAAUACUAAGAAACUCACUUUAAAAUUGUAGUAGCUCUCAGCCCACUGAUGAAUCAUUUAGCUGAACCACAGUACAAUUUUUAAAAGCUAAAUGAUGACUCGGUGUCUUGGAAGUUAAGAACCUUUGCAAAGUGUCCUCAGUGGGGCUGGGGUUGGUACCAGUGAGCUGGCUUUGUUUGUACACUCCACUGCAGAGAGACUCUGGAGCUUAGGAAGGGCCACUGAGGCAGUCCAACUGCUCCCUUCCUAGGGUUCCCGAGGAGUCAGUCAGCCACCAGCUACGACAGGAGACAAUUGCUUUCACUACCCUUCAUUCCCCAGCGUUUCCCUUUCCUGUGGGUUCUUUCUUCAUUUUCCAAGCAAGUGUGAAACGGGGAAAUAUGUGGUCAAGCAAAUUAAAUGUGGGAUUUUAAAGCUGGGUUUUAUGGUACACUAGAGAUUCCUGUGUGAACAGUGUUAGUUUAAUAUUGUAGUACAAGGACAGACUUUAUGUAACCUUUAGAAAUACGUUUGCCAUCAGGGAUUUAUUUUUACAAUAAAAAUACUAAAUGUACUGUGAAGCUUAAAGACAGGAAGAAUAGACAUUGGAGGGUGAUACUCAAGCAAGAGUGUGUUUGAUGAAGUACCUGCAUUAUGUGAACACAACUUCCCCUUCUGUUAAGACUAUAAACUACACUGUAUGAAUAUGUGUACUGCAUGUUUACAUAAAACAGUUUCAUUUUGAAGGAUUAUUUAAAAUAUGUUUAUAUGUAAUACCUAACCGGCUGUAAAUAUUGUAUACUAUUGAUUUUUAAUUUUAUAUGAGCAAUUUUUUUAUUUCCCAAGUCAUGUACAAAUUUCAUUGUAUAUAUAGCAUAACUUCCUGGAGAACACAAAUUUUGCAGUGAAUUUUAAGUAUUUUAAUUGCAGUAAGCAUCGGGUUAGCCUCAGAGAUGCUGGUCCUUAUUUUAAAUUAUUUUUCACCACACAUUUUCUUCAAAGGGCAGCAAUAAACAUAUGCAAGUUAUCUUGAUCCUUGAAAGUUGGCCUGCGAAGAUGAGACCGCAGUCAAUCCACUGCUGUAAAAGAUGCACAACUCACACCAUCCCGCGUCUGGUCCCAGGACAACUUCGGAGAGCCGCACGUGGCUCUCCUCUGUAGUAUACAGGGUGAACUGAGGACAACACACAGAACAUCUGUUAAACUGAACCCAGCACUUCAAUGUCGUACACAGAAUUUAUUGUGUCAUUACACAGAAUUUAUUGGAUUAAAAUUUGUAAUAUACAGUAUUUUAAUAAAGUUUCUGUAUUCAAUUUCAUGCACUUAUAUAUAAAUAAACCUGUCUUCAAAAGCUUUA